GCGGGGGGCGGAAGCCCGGCGGUGCGCGGGGCCGGGCGCUGCGUGCACGGCAGCGGCGGCGGCGGGAGGCAGAGGGCGGACGGGAGGAUGCGGCUGAAGCUCGGCUUCCUGCUGCGCGCCGUGCUGCUGGCGGGCAGCUUCUUGGGGCUGCUGCUUCUCUGGUCCUCGCUGUCGCCCCGCGCCGAGGAGCCGGCUCCCCCGGGACGGGAUGACAAAGAAGCCAACAGACCCUUACCAAACAAAGGAGAGCAUGGACUAGGAAAUGAGAAGUUCAAACCUGUGGUACCUUGGCCUCAUGUUGAAGGUGUGGAAGUGGACUUGGAAUCCAUUCGAAGGAAAAAUAAGGCCAAAAAUGAAUUAAAUCAGCAUGGUGGUGGUGAUAACAAUCAGCAAAACGUCAUCCAGAGGCAGUAUCUCACAUUUAAACCUCAGACAUUUGUAUAUCGAGAUCCUGUUUUACGACCUGGAGUCCUCGGUAAUUUUGAACCCAAAGAGCCCGAGCCUCAUGGAGUUGUUGGUGGCCCUGGAGAGGAAGCGAAGCCAUAUGUUUUAGGACCAGAUUACAAAGAAUCCGUUCAAGCCAGCAUAAAAGAGUUUGGGUUUAAUAUGGUGGCAAGUGAUAUGAUCUCACUAGAUCGGAGUGUUAAUGACUUGCGUCAAGAAGAAUGCAAACACUGGCAUUAUGAUGAAAACCUGCUCACCUCCAGUGUCGUCAUUGUCUUCCAUAAUGAAGGGUGGUCCACGCUGAUGAGGACGGUUCACAGCGUCAUUAAGAGAACACCUAGGAAAUACUUGGCAGAAAUUGUGCUGAUUGAUGACUUCAGCAACAAAGCUCACCUAAAGGAGAGACUGGAUGACUACAUUAAGCAGUGGAAUGGUCUUGUAAAGGUAUUUCGAAAUGAAAGGAGAGAAGGUUUAAUCCAGGCUAGAAGCAUUGGAGCCCAGAAGGCUAAGCUUGGACAGGUUUUGGUUUAUUUGGAUGCCCAUUGUGAGGUGGGAAUUAACUGGUAUGCGCCACUUAUAGCUCCUAUCUCCAAGGACAGAACUACAUGUACUGUACCUCUAAUAGAUUACAUAGAUGGGAACGAUUAUUCCAUUGAGCCACAGCAAGGUGGGGAUGAAGAUGGUUUUGCCAGAGGGGCCUGGGACUGGAGUUUGCUAUGGAAACGAAUUCCAUUAAGCCACAAGGAAAAGUCCAAACGAAAACAUAAAACUGAGCCUUAUCGGUCCCCCGCCAUGGCUGGUGGAUUGUUUGCCAUUGAACGUGAUUUCUUUUUUGAACUGGGUCUCUAUGAUCCUGGCCUUCAGAUCUGGGGUGGUGAAAAUUUUGAAAUUUCUUACAAGAUCUGGCAGUGUGGAGGAAAACUGCUGUUUGUCCCCUGUUCUCGUGUUGGACAUAUCUACCGUCUCCAGGGCUGGCAAGGAAAUCCACCCCCCGUGUACGUUGGGUCUUCUCCUACGCUGAAGAACUAUGUCAGAGUUGUGGAAGUCUGGUGGGACGAAUACAAAGAUUAUUUUUACGCCAGCCGGCCAGAGACAAAAGCACUGCCCUACGGAGAUAUAUCUGAGCUGAAAAAGUUCCGUGAAGAUCACAACUGCAAAAGUUUUAAGUGGUUCAUGGAAGAAAUAGCAUAUGAUAUAACAUCGUAUUAUCCCUUACCACCUAAAAACGUGGACUGGGGAGAGAUCAGAGGCUUUGAAACAGCUUACUGCAUCGACAGCAUGGGGCACACCAACGGCGGCUUUGUCGAACUUGGACCAUGCCACAGGAUGGGAGGAAACCAGCUUUUCCGAAUCAAUGAAGCUAAUCAGCUCAUGCAGUAUGAUCAGUGCUUAACUAAAGGACCAGAUGGAUCCAAAAUUAUGAUUACACAUUGUAAUCUGAAUGAAUACAAGGACUGGCAAUACUUCAAGAAUCUGCAUAGAUUUACACACAUUCCUUCAGGAAAGUGCUUGGAUCGGUCAGAAGUCCUACACCAAGUUUUCAUUUCAGAGUGUGAUUCCAAUAAAGCAACGCAGAAAUGGGAAAUGAACAACAUUCUUAGUGUGUAGAUAAACAGAACCUACCUACUGACACGUUCAUUUGUACAGGACUGAAAAUAGCCUGAAAACUGCUGCAAUUAAUAACUGUACAGCUCCGAGCCUCCUGACUUGGAUGAAGGACAUAGAUGAACUGUGAUUAUUACAAUAACAUGAUCAUCCGCAGUUAAUGUUUACAAAACUGCUUUACCUUAAACUCUGUAGAUGUUUACAUCUUUUUGUUUUAAGACGUUGGUAACUUAAUGCGCUGUUAGCUGUGUUUCAUAGGAACAUAGUUAAAGGCAUUGUUGUCUUCUUUGGGAUUACACUCAGGGGUCUGAAGGCAGUUUUUUUACACAAACUUGAAAAGGUUGGAGUAACCAGAUUUUCAUAGAACUUGGUGAUUAUCAACCUGUUGUAAAUUUUUAUUUAAUUUUACAUCUUACUAAGCACUGCCACAGGUUAUUAGCCAGGGUGGCCUUCUCUCACAGUCAUGCUGCUUUUUUGGAAGGUGAAUUUCAACAUAUUUAGUGCCUCUUCCGUUUCUCUCUUUCACAAGAAAAGCAUUUGCUGGAAAUUACACAACGGAUGUCACUACAGGCAGGGAUCAGCUGUCCCACCCCACUACUGUGUCCCACCCCAGUUACUGUGUAGCUGAACACAGCUGCUGUCAGUAGCUGUGCUGUUUGUCAGUGGGCCACUCUGACAGGCCCCUUCACUGCAGAUGCUCCAAAACCUCACGUCGGGGCCAUUGGCCCACCUCUGCUCUGGUAUCCAUGUGGGGGAGCAGCUUGGCACCUGGUAUGGAGCAAGGAGGAGCUCAGUGGCAAGGUUAGCACCAAUGUGGUACGUUGCGUUUGAAUGAAGCACCCUUGCAAUUCCAGUCAAGAAUCUAUAUGCUCUAACUUGCUUGUAUAAAUCAUACCUUACAUAAAAAUAAGAAUAAUCUAAAAUAUAGAUUUUUAAGAAGCUGCACAAUGAUUUAAAAAAAAAAAUAAAUUCCAGUGCUUAAUUUAUGUUGUUAUUUUAAAUGAAAAUCACAUAGAGGUAAACUAAAACUUAAUUAGAAAAAGAAUACAACUCAUUAACACAUCUGCUUACUUGUUUGAAAGGACAUCUGCCCGCUAUUUUGGAGUCUGGGCUUAGGUUUGAAAAAAGAAGUGGAAAUCUUGAUGCAUUUAUGCAUAUAAUUUUUUUCCUUUUUUUUUUUUUUU